AUGGCAUCCAUAGAUGAUGAAAAACUGGAGUCGGAAGCUCGUGUGGAGCCGGUUGAGUCCCAGAAACCUAUGCUGGAGAAUAUUGAUGAUGACCCCGUGUUCUCAUAUGAGGAACAGCGGAAAAUCAUUCGCCGGGUGGACCUUCGGCUAGUCCUGAUGCUUGGGGCUCUUCAUUGCGUUUGCUUGAUCGAUCGUGGAAAUAUUGGAGCAGCUAAGUUGGCUGGAAUGUCUACCGAGCUGCAUUUGAUUGGGAAUCGAUACGCAUUGGGUCCUAUACUGAUCCGUAAAAUUGGACCUGUCAACUAUCUCUCAGCUGUCUGUUUGAUUUGGGGCGCUGUUAUGCUUUCUGCCGGAUUUGUGAAGACGUGGACACAGAUGGUUGGAAUACGGGUCAUUAUCGGCGCGCUCGAAGCAGGAUUCUUCCCGGCUUCUGUUUAUUUGAUCUCUACUUGGUACACAAGGUAUGACCUACAGAAGAGAUACGCCAUAUUCUACUUUUUGGGAUGCGUAGCAUCCGCUUGCACGGGUAUCCUAUCCUACGGUAUCACAUUUAUGAAUGGACUAGGUGGCCUUACAGCCUGGCGAUGGAUCUUCAUCAUCCAAGGACUCCUCACCUGUAUCAUCGCAGCGAUUGGCUGGUUUGUUCUUAUCGACUUCCCAGAUCGAAUGAAGACGAGCUCGCGGAAAUUCCUAUCGGAUAGCGAAUACGACUUCAUUAUGCGACGUAUCGGUAGGGAUCGAGCCGAUACUGUCCUGGAACCUUUCAACCUCAGGAAAUAUUUUGCAGCUGGUCUGGAUAUCAACAUCUGGGCUUUUGGCUUUAUCUAUUUUUCGUCAACUACGACAGCCUACGCUAUCUCAUAUUUCCUGCCUACCAUCUAUGCAGACGGAAUGGGCUUUUCCGAAGGCGUCUCACUAUGUCUUUUUGCACCACCCUUCGCCGCUGCAGGCAUCCUCAUGUAUGUGACCUCGUGGGCUGGAGAUCGAUAUCAUAUUCGAGCUCCUAUCUUGAUCUUCAAUGCUCUCGUCACCAUAAUUGGUCUUCCUUUAUUGGGGUUCACCGAAGGGAAUGCCUCUCGUAUGGUGGGGGCUUUUCUCACCACCAUGGGCUGCAACUCAAAUAUCCCAGCUGCGAUGGCAUACCAGUCUUUCAAGGCGAACAAUAUUCGUGGCCAAUGGAAGCGAGCUUUUGCCAGUGCUAUUUUUGUUGGACUCGGCGCUUCCGGAGGUAUGACUGGGUCCUUGGUCUUCAGAUCACAGGACGCUCCGAACUAUCAUCUUGGGAUUCUGACCUGUCUUGGAUUGUCGUGUUUGAUUAUUGUCUUGGUCAUUCUUCUUUCUGUACGCUUCUACUAUGCAAACAGGAAGGUAGACCGGGGUGAGUUGGUUAUUGGGAAAUUGCCUGGCUUUAAAUAUACAUACUAG